UAUGUUCUACAGUGUUCUAGAAUAGUGGACUUAGUGGAGUGGGUUUAAAAAUUAUUUUCAGUGAUAAGCAGUUUACCAAGAAGACAUCAGUUCUCCGAUUGUAUAAACUAUUAUUUGUUUAUAAAUCUCGAAGUUAAGUGCAGCGUUUGCUUUCUUAGUUAAUUGUGAAAAUCGGCGUCAAAGUUGACUCCUUUGCUUAAGUAAUCAUGACUUUAUUGGACUCUGUUUCUCUUGCAACACCACCUAUAGAUUUUAGGCGGUGUAUCAACUCCUAAGUUAUUUUCGCUGCCGGUUUAUAUUGUCUCAUAUUUUAAAUGCCCUCCAAUCUCCAUAGUGGUCUCUGUUCACUUUCGUUCAUCAAAGCUGCGACGGACAUCCUGACACAAUGUUGAGAAUUGGUUUGAAAAAUCUAGAUAAAUUCACUAGUGCUCAACAUCGUAACUUGGCUUUUGCAAAGUACUUUAAGUAUCAUUACCGUGUUCUUUCAAAACCAGUAAGAUCUACAUUGCAUGAUGGAGAUCGCUGGGUUGGUCCAAGUGGGAGCUCAGUGCUGACAAGCAGGGUUGAUAGCAUAAAUUCAUUGCAUCAUCCAGCAGCUUUUAGUUGUCAUAGUAUUAGAAGCUUCAGCACCAUCAACGAUGAUCCAGCCGAUGGGGAUGAUGGAAAGUCUAAACCAGAAGAUGACUAUCCCCUUCAUCACUCUCUGCCUGCGACAGUGGUUGUGCCAGAAGUAUGGCCCCAGCUACCACUAAUCGGUAUUACCAGGAAUCCAGUAUUCCCCAGGUUCAUCAAGUUAAUUGAGAUAACGAAUCCUCAGUUGAUUGAUCUAAUAAGAAGGAAAGUACGUCUGAAUCAACCUUAUGCUGGCAUUUUCUUGAAGAAGAAUUCAGAGGAUGAUACCGAAGCGAUCACUAGCCUUGACGAUGUUUAUCAGAUCGGCACCUUCGCUCAAAUUCACGAAAUGCAAGAUUUGGGGGAUAAAUUACGAAUAGUUGUCAUGGCGCAUCGCAGGAUUAAGAUACUUGGUCAAAUUUUCGACAGUGAAGAGCCUCCCACAGUGAUGCGGCUGAAAUAUCCGAUGUUAAAUGACGGUAUUGACGUUGUUGUAGAAAAUGGAGAGCGCUCAAGGAGGGGCAAACAUCGUAACCGAAAACGUUUGCAACAAAUAGUUGUCGAGCCCAUCCCACCAGACCCGGUACCUCAACCAGACACAACUGUAGUCUCAGACACCGAACCUUUGAAAGUUGAAGGGGAGGCCAAAGAACCUCAACCAGUUUUAAUGGUAGAAGUUGAGAAUGUUGUCCAUGAAAAUUUCAAACAGACAGAAGAAGUCAAGGCUCUAACCCAAGAAGUAGUCAAAACUAUCCGAGACAUCAUUAGCAUGAACCCACUGUACAGAGAAUCACUACAGCAGAUGUUGCAUCAAGGGCAAAGGGUAGUCGACAAUCCUGUUUAUUUGUCCGAUUUGGGAGCUGCUCUAACUGGCGCAGAGGCCAAUGAACUGCAAAAAGUCCUAGAAGAAAUGAAUAUUCCCAAAAGGCUUAUGCUGUCUCUUUCUCUGCUGAAAAAAGAAUACGAGCUUAGCAAAUUGCAACAAAAAAUUGGGCGUGAGGUUGAGGAAAAAGUCAAACAGCAGCAUCGCAAGUAUAUACUGCAGGAACAACUGAAAGUCAUAAAGAAAGAAUUGGGACUGGAGAAAGAUGACAAAGAUGCAAUUGAUGAAAAGUUCCGUGAGAGGAUCAAGGACAAAAAUGUUCCGAAACCUGUAAUGGACGUCAUCAAUGAAGAACUUAGUAAAUUAGGAUUUCUGGAAAGCCACUCCUCUGAAUUCAAUGUAACGCGGAAUUAUUUAGACUGGUUAACCUCACUGCCCUGGGGUGUGAUGAGUGAAGACAAUCUUGAUCUGACACAGGCGGCUAAAAUUUUAGAAGAACAUCAUUAUGGAAUGGAGGAUGUCAAAAAAAGAAUACUAGAGUUUAUUGCUGUCAGUCAGCUGAAAGGGACAACUCAGGGUAAAAUAUUGUGUUUUUAUGGUCCACCUGGUGUUGGUAAAACAAGUAUUGCCAAAUCCAUCGCCAAAGCUCUCAAUCGAGAGUACUUCCGAUUCAGUGUGGGUGGUAUGACAGAUGUUGCGGAGAUCAAAGGCCAUCGGCGCACUUAUGUCGGUGCAAUGCCAGGAAAACUGAUCCAGUGCUUGAAGAAAACCAAAACAGAAAAUCCACUUGUUUUGAUCGAUGAAGUUGACAAAAUGGGAAGAGGUUUCCAGGGCGAUCCUGCGUCCGCUCUGUUAGAAAUGCUCGACCCAGAACAAAAUGCCAAUUUCUUAGAUCACUAUAUUGACGUUCCUGUUGAUCUGUCAAAAGUUCUUUUUAUCUGCACUGCCAACAUAAUCGACACCAUUCCGGAACCUCUGCGGGAUCGUAUGGAAAUGAUUGAUGUCUCUGGAUACGUGGCAGAAGAAAAAGUUGCCAUAGCUAAACAGUACUUAAUCCCACAGGCUAGGUCUGAUUCCGGCUUGAAAGAAACCCAGCUGAAGCUAGAAGAUGAUUCCUUAAAGGUUCUGAUCAAAUCUUAUUGCCGUGAAAGUGGCGUGCGGAAUCUGCAGAAGCAGAUUGAGAAAAUAAUGCGAAAGAUUGCAUUUAAAGUAGCAAAGAAGGAGUUAGACUAUGUUGAAUUGACCCCUGCGCUUCUGCCAGAUUACGUUGGUAAACCUAUCUUCACACAGGAUCGGCUUUACACUUUAACGCCUCCAGGUGUUGUGAUGGGACUAGCAUGGACAGCAAUGGGUGGCUCCACUCUGUUUAUCGAAACAGCAACUCGUAAAGCCAACCAAGAGACUGAGAAAAGUAGUGGUGAAGGUAGUUUGGAGUUAACUGGACACUUGGGAGACGUUAUGAAAGAGUCAGCUAAAAUUGCAUUGACAGUGGCACGGAAUUUUAUGAGUCAACAUGACCCAUCAAACCAGUUCCUAACAACGAGCCAUCUACAUCUGCAUGUCCCUGAAGGAGCAACACCGAAAGACGGACCUAGUGCUGGCUGCACAAUUGUUACUGCACUUCUUUCAUUGGCUAAGAAAGUGCCAAUUAAACAAGAUCUCGCUAUGACAGGUGAAGUAUCACUAAUGGGUAAAGUUUUAGCUGUAGGAGGUAUCAAGGAGAAAACAAUUGCCGCCAAAAGAGUUGGCGUUAAAACCAUUAUUUUACCUGAAGAAAAUAGGAAAGAUUUUGAUGAUCUGCCAAAAUUCAUCACAGAAGGUCUAGAAGUUCAUUUUGUGAAUCAAUACGAUCAAGUUUACGAUAUUGUUUUCUCCUCUAGUUAACCUCGUCUGUUUUAAAUAGAUGUAAAACUUUGUGAAACAAGACUUUGUACAGAAUGAAAUUUUGUAUCUUUUUAUGUAUGAAAUCUCCAGUCUCUUGGAGUCGGUAUUCUUUUGCGCUAGUACAACGUUAGAUUUGUGGAACUGCCUCUCAUAAAAUUUUAGAAUUGAGUGCAAUUUCAGUUCUGCCCUUGCUUAAGCCAGACGCACUGGUUUGCAAAAUUGGCACUGUUGUUUUACCGCAAGGUCAUCUGCAUGAUUGUAGUUCCUGCAUAGUUUUGUCAGGAUCAAAUCGAGCCAUCAAAUGGUCAAGGUGAAGCAAAAAAGCACUGAUUGGUGGGCAAACUGAAUUCAUCGCAUGACUUUUUAAAUUCGAUGCCCUGAUAAAUUUUUGUCAUGAGAGCCCUUUUCUUUUUUGACAGUUCUUGUUCUCAUCCUUGGUAGUCUUCAAACUUAGAUCUUAAGACGUGAGUCCACUCCAGUUGAAGUAGAUUGAGUUUGUUAUGUUCAACUUUCCUAUUUUGUUACCUUUCUGAUGAAUGUGACUCAAAUUAUGUUAUGAGUUAAUAUAUAGACAUACAAGGGAACCUCAAAAUCCAGAUAGUUGCGAUUCCCACUCUGUAGAGUUCCCAAUCAAACUCAAGUCGCCCACUUCACCAAAUUUAUUUAGAAUGGAGCUUAGUCUGUUGAGAAGCCUUCUGGCCUGACUCCCACUUUUAAAUAAGAGUAGAUACUUUCCUUCAUCGCAGCCCUCCUGCUUAUUGCAUCUUCAUUUUUUUCAUUUAUGCAAAGAACCUCAGGAAAAUUGAGCCGGGUAAUGUACGGUACAAAUGACAGAAGUCAUCUGUAUUAUUGUGAGAACGCAAGCUACAGUUAAAGCCUUGUCUAGUGGUUGCUUGUACCUAUAAUUCACAGUCUCUUCAGAUAAAUUAGUAAACAAUUCGAGCUAUUUAAAGACUGUGGUUUAGUUUCAUUUUUCAAAGUUUCAAAGCCUUUCACCCCUGUCGUAGCUUACAUGGCAAGUCUCGGUGUAUUGGCACCAACUCAUAUAUCAGUUUAAUUGUUUGACACCAUGUUUUGUCAAAGCAUUACGUAAAUGUAGAAUAGUUUUAUGUUCUUUGUACCAUCAGCCAUACAGAUUUGUAUGUGUUCACAUAAUUUUUUAAGGCUGAAAUUCUUUUCCUCCAAGCUGUGAUGUAAAUUAAUGGAAAUGGCUUUACAAGCCAUUAGUUUCUUUUAUUAAACAGGUGAAAUGAUGAACUAACUGUAAGUAAGGCACUGAGCAAAAUUCCAAAAUCUAUGAAUCUAAGCUGGUAGAGAUGUAGAAAGAAAUAUUAAAAUUCUGAUCAGUACAGAGGUUAAUCGUCAGCUUAUUCAAGCAUUUAACUGUUUUUGGUCUUUGUUAUUGAAUGUUUAAGAUUAAUUACACCGUGUUUCUUUAUUUUUUCAUUAAAAAAGUUAGUUUUUAUAUCAUUUA